UAUUUGCAAAUUAUACAGGGACUAGUGAGUGUUUUAGGUUUGGCACACAGAAUGCUAGUGUCUUUAUGCACAUAUAGUGUUGUUGCUAACUUUUCAAUUUUAAUUAAAAUAAAAAUUUGUAUGCUAAAAACAAAAAAGGAAUAAACGAGGUAGAGAAGAAGAGCGGAAUAUCUUUCUAAUAAAAUAAAAAAUGAAAUAAAAUGAAAUGAAAAGCACGCACACCAACAUAAUCCAAAAAUAGUGAAAUAUUGAAAAAGAAAAAAGAGGGGUAAUAUAAAAAAGAAAACUACAAACCGACCAAGUACGGUCGAGUACGGUAGAAUGAGAAAACCACAAUAGUAGUGUACUGCACAACGAAAAAAGAAAAUCGAUAAAUAACUUAAAUGCAAAACAAAUGUGUUAAAACGAAACGGCAAGAACAACAACGUGCGAAGUAACACGAAGGCCAACUGAACGAAAAUGGCGAAUGAACGAAAAUACGAAGUGAAAAAUCCAUUUCUAAUUAUUCGGAUUCCUCUUUGCCAGCAAAAUUCCUCUAUGUCUAGUGUUGCGUCGUCGCAAGAUUAAAUUGAAAAAUUCAUUAAAAUAAAAUUGAAAAUUUCAAAAGUGCAAUCAUAAACAGUGAAAGAAAAUAAUUAUUUACUGUUAAAACAGAAAUCGUUAAUUGUUGGAACAGAUAAAUGAAUUAAAUGCAAUUAAAGGUUAGAAUUCAUAUUAUACCAUAUCUACUACAUAUGUGGAAACAAUUUUAUAAAGAAAAUUUGACAUCGUGACGUUAGAUUGAUUGUGUGAAAAAGUGUACAAUACAAGAGAAAUAUAUACUGAACUGAUAAUUUCAGCAGAUAUCUUAUUAUUUUCAUUUUAAUGUUAUUUUUGCGUGCAGAGCGCAGAAAGUUUUAAGCGGUCAAAGCAAAUUAUGCAAAAGACUACAACGCUAGCAGCGCAGCAACUGAGCAGUUACCAAUACCGCUGAAAAAUACAUUAAAACAAAGAUUUUCUGGAACGUGAAGGAAAUAAAACAAACACGAUUGUUUGUAGAUUUGAUAAAAUUUCUAAUACAAACAAGUAUAUAAAAUUGUAACUAUAACACAAAAAAGCAAGAAUGGCUGCAAGAAGUCAUCAAUAUUUCAGCUUACGCUGGAAUAACUACCAGAACACCAUGACCUCAGUGUUUCAACAAUUGCGGGAAGAUUUGUCAUUUGUCGACGUGACAUUAUCAUGCGAGCAUGGCUCUUUGAAGGCACACAAGGUUGUGCUGUCGGCUUGUUCUUCUUAUUUUCAAAAGUUGCUUUUGGAAAAUCCAUGUAAACAUCCAACAAUUAUUUUACCUGCCGACAUCAUAUUUACAGAUUUGAAAACAAUCAUUGAUUUUGUUUAUCGCGGGGAGAUAGAUGUUACUGAAUCCGAGUUACAGGAUCGCAUAAUCCCAGCUCAAGUAACUGAAAUUUUCAUUAUAUUGAGUGUGGAUUUUAAAAGUAGUUCUAUUCUUGGUAGUAGUCAUUGA